AUGAGCGACGGGGCGGCAACUCCAUCACAACGAACGGCUAAGAAACUGCCUUUCAAAGCAACAGCCUUGCGCAAGGUUGCCUCGCUGAGAGCCCAGAUCAUAAUCGAUGAGAAAGAACUGGAGAGUGAUGGACUCGACUUAUUUCGUAGGUCAAAGGAGAUGGAGCCGAUAGUGGCUGCGGAUCAGGAGAGACGGCUAAAUAAGAAGCGGAGACAUGAUGGCCAGCGUCGCAAGUCCGCUGAGUCGUCGGCCAGUAGGUUCGUGGAUGACGUUGCCGAGAUAUACGAUAUGGUGAAAGAGAAGUCUAGAGUAUCACCUCAGGCAGCUUGGAGCGCCGUUCCCGUCGCUAGAGAGCCUGUUACACAGGGCGGAGAGCUGUCAAGGCUACGAGUUGGUCACGCCACCGGCAUCGAAGUCAUCGAAGCGGACACGCCUAUUCUCAACACGUUCAGACCUUAUACCAGACAACCCACCGGCCGCCCGAUUGCUGUUCCAUACGGAGCAAGCAUCGCACCUGAGCCUACAAAACGAAGGGGCAGUGCCAAUUCAAUACAGAGCAGCUUCAUAGCAGGAGACGAGGACGAUGAAUUUGCGACGUAUAUUCGCAAGGCCGAGGAACAACGCGCUCUGGACCAGGCAUUGCUUGGUGUUGGUUCGGAUGGAGCUGCGUCGAAGGCAAAAAUUGACAUUCUGGUGACGUCGAUUGUUCCUGAUGUUAAGCCUUGCUGUUUUAAGUUUCUCUUUGAUAAGGAGCUCCGACUAGCACGUAAUACGUGGCUUGCUCUUCAGAAACGCAAGGGAGUGCUCCUGGAUGUUGAAAGAGAGGAUGACAUUGUGCUUACUUGGCGAAGAAAGAGGGUGUAUGCAUUUUCUACGUUGCUAAAUCUAGGUAUCCGACCACAGGACAAUGGACGGGCUGUGUCGGAUGGAAACGACGCCAAGGGUUUCGCAAAUGGUCGGACAAGAGUCCACAUGGAAGCUUGGACGUUGGAUUUGUUCCGAGAAAUGGAACGUGAAGAAGAGCUGAAGCGGAAAGGAGAGACUACGGAAUUAGCAGACGAAGAAGAGCCAGCGCUGGUAGAAGAGAAACCACCAGCUUUAGAAGUCAAGACAAGAGUCAUUCUGAAGGCUCGCGACAUCGCCGACGUCAAAUUGACAGUGCGACGGACAACAACAGUUGAGACACUUAUUACUGGUUUCCGCACGCAGCGGUCAAUAGGGCCAGACAGAGAUGUUCAGAUUUGGUUUGAUGGUGACCGACUAGAAGAGCAUGCGACGAUGGAUGAGGCGGAGAUUGACGAUAUGGACACAUUCGAGGUCCAUGUCAAGUGA